CCGUGCCCACUCUGCCAUAAGCAAUUAGGCAUGCAUCGUCCAUGCGCCCUCCCCUCGGGCUUCGCUUUUGCAGUCUAUAUAAGAAUUCGACACCGAUUCCUUGUCAUCUGUGUGUCUGUGACUGCAGUGCUGUGUUGUGUACCGGGCAAACAAACAAGCCAAGAAACCAGAGAAAUGCAGUCGUCCACGAUCAUCGUUCUCGCGUGCCUGGUGGCGGUAGUGGUGGCGGGGGCCCACUACGAGCGAUACCCGGCAGUGGAGGCGCUCCAAGAACCCGAACAGGCCCAUGAGGCUCUUUACGACACCCCCGAGCUCGAAAGGAGCCACAGGGCCAAGAGGGGCCUUCUACUCUUGAAGAAAAAAUUGCUGCUUGGUGCCCUUGGGCUGAAAGCGGCUAAGAUCGGCGCGGUCGGCGCGGGAGUUGCCGGCGCCAUCGCGCUCAAGAGCAAGCACAAGUCAGUACCGACCACCGUCAAGGUCGUCAGCGCUGCUCAACACGGCCAUUCGUAUUCGUAUAACAGCCAUGCUCCCUCAUAUGACGUAGAAGUACAUAGCUGGUCUGGUUAGUCGCGCAGUGCGAGUUUUCUGAUGUCGCCUCAAGCGUACUUCAGGAAAACGAGAAGAGCAUCACUUAAGUAUUUGCUAAGAUUGUGUACAUCUUGUUUUCUUGGUGGGAAAAUGAGUAAAUAUUUCAAUGAGUAUUAAGUUUUGUCGCGGAUUUGUAGCAGUGCUCUAAAGUUGAACCGUGGUUGUAUCAUAAGCGAUGUAACGAAAAUUCGGUAAAAUUUAGUUUUCUUGCUCAUUGUAUUGUACAAUUCAUUGUUGUGAGAAAGUAUCGUUGAAAUGUUGUUUCUGCCAUAUUAUCUGAAAAUAAGUUUUAAAUUUUGUACGCUGGUCGAACAGACUGACACGAACUUAUCACCAGGCUAUAAAUUGUUUGUAAUUAGAUAGAAUUUUGGGCGUUUUCUAUAAUAUUUAUAGUAAAACGCUGAGCUUCUAGUAAUUUAGUGUUACAAUUUGUUUGUAUAAAUAAUUACAAUAUA